AUGCAUCUCCAAACAAGCGAAUCGUCUGGUCCGGCUGGCUCAACACAGCAGCAACAGAAGCCGAAGCAGCCAAAUUCGACAGCCCUCCCCUUUGGACAGAAUGUUGAGCUGUCAUCGCUUUCUGGACCGACAUACUUGACUGCGCAGACUCUUGUCCAGCAAGUCGCCUAUGCUCUCUCGGACAAGCUGUUCUCCUUCUCGCCCGAGUCCUUCGACCUCGACAUCGCAGCACGUGCCUGGUCGGACGCGAAACAGAAGAAUGUAUACGGCGAAGUGACGGGCGUGCAGGGCCUUGAGACACGCAGCGGCGCGGGCACUCUGGCCUUGGGUUACAUGUUCAGUCCAGACUUCGAUCUAAGCAAGAGACACGUUCCGCAGUCCAUUGUUGCCUCGGCGGGCAGUUUGCUGCACCUUCGUCCCGCUUUGGACCAACUCAGUCUGCUGUACGAUGUUGCCAACCCAACUGUUCUGCAGGUUGCUGCAGUGGACUACGCCGCCGAGACACAGGCUGGUCUUGUCACCGACUACACUGCGGCCUUGACACUUGCCGAAGAGCUGGGAUUGGGGUUGGUGGCAAGCAAGAGUGCAUAUGAGAUCCAGCACAUGUCGUUGCUCUCAACUCUGCUUUCAUCGAUCAUCCCAACAAUCCACACAUAUGAUGGGAUCACCGUCGGCCGCGAGACGACCCGCGUCGUUGAUGUCCUUGGCCUGCCAGGACUCAAGCGUACAUACGACAGCGUGCUGAGCGCUGUCAAGGAUGACAUCGCCUCGAAGCGAUUCACGAAUGAGGGCAAGCUGUCUAAGCUACUUCUCGCGUUUAAUGCUGAACUCGGCACCGAGUACAGAGCAUUCGAGUACCACGGCCAUGAUUCUCCAGACCACGUUCUCGUCGUGUUUGGCACCGUGGAAGCCAGCCUGUCUGCACAGGUUGCCGAAGCACUCGCUCAGCAGGGCGCCAAGGUUGGUGUGAUCAACGUACGCGUGUACCGCCCAUUCGUGGAAGAAGACUUUCUUUCUGCUUUGCCACCCACCGUUCAGCAGAUUACGGUUCUUGGCCAGGUCAACGACAAGCCUAGCGCCUUGGACUCUAAUGUAACCAGCAGCCUAUAUGCCGAUGUCGUUGCUGCUGUCAACUUCCAGAGCAUGACUUCUGGCAAGACACCCAGCGUCUUCGAGGUCAAAUACGCACGUGAGACUGUGUGGACAGUUUCCAAGAUCCAGGGACUGCUCCAACAGCUUGGGGCCAAGUCUGGCGAAUCUGAUGCACAGCUGCCUGGCCUUUCACUUACCGCCAAGGAUACCAAGCAGUACACUUUCUGGGAUGUCAGCUCAAGCAAGAGUGCCAAUGCACCGCUUAUGCUCGGCCAACUCCUUUCCGACGACAGCUCGCUUAAUGUGGCUGUUCGCUCCGGCCACGACAACCUCGUGCAGGGCGGUGCUCUCAGGACUGACCUGCGUGCGUCCUCUAAAAGCAUUGAAGCCGCUUACAGUGUGAAGGAUGCGGAUGUUGUUGUCAUUGGGACAGAGAAGCUCCUCAAAGACUUCGCUGUCCUUUCGAGCGUCAAGGAUGAGGGYGUCGUCAUCUUGAAAUCUUCUGGCUGGAAGGACGAGGAUGUUGAGAAGACGCUCACUACACCUGUACGCAAAACCAUUGCAGCUAAGAAACUCGCGCUUUGGGUGUUGGAUGUUUCGGCAAGCCCGCUUGUGGAAGAAAGCGAUGAGCUCGAGUCUUACUUGCUGCAGCUUGCGUUCUUGAAAUUGUCCAAGCCAGAGGUCUACGAGGCUGGAUUGAAGAAGCUGAAUGCCGGUGGCGAUGCUUUGGACGCUCUUGCCAAGGAUCUUGAGAUCGCGUUGAAGCAGAUUGAGAUCCCUGAAAGCUGGCUCACAGCUGAAUUGGAGGAGAACGAGUCUCUCCCAGUUUCUGAUGAUCUGAACAUCAACAGCUUUGCGCCAUACGAGGCAGCUGAUGACGAGCCGCCAUCUUACCUCCGCAACUGGGAGGUGGCGGCCCGUGGUCUUGUUUUCAAGGAGGCAUAUGGGACCUCGACAGCGCUCAGGCCAGAGCUGAGCACCAAGACUGCUAUUGUCCACGUCAAGGAGCACCGCAGACUGACGCCUGAGAGCUACGACCGCAACAUCUUCCACAUUGAGUUCGAUCUUGGAGACAGCGGCGUCAAGUACGAGAUUGGCGAAGCCCUCGGCAUUCACGCUGAGAACGACAAGGCGCACGUGGAAGAAUUCAUCAAGUGGUACGGAUUGGAACCCGAGGAGAUUGUCGAGGUACCAAGCAGAGAAGAUCCAUCCAUUCUGGAGAACCGCACAGUCUAUCAGUCUUUGGUGCAAAACAUUGACAUCUUUGGUCGUCCUCCAAAGCGUUUCUACGAGGCGCUCAGCGAGUUCGCUUCUGAGGAUAAGGAGAAGACGGAGCUGCUCAUGUUGGGAACCGGUGGCAACCAGGAAGCACAGCUAGAGUUCAAGCGCCGCGCUGAAGUCGACACCAUCACCUACGCCGACGUWCUCCUUGAGUUCCCAUCUGCGCAUCCAAGCUUCCACGACAUUGUGCGCAUCGUCAGCCCCAUGAAGCGCAGAGAGUACUCUAUUGCUUCUUCACAGAAGGUCACACCCAACAGUGUCAGCUUGCUGAUCGUCACUGUGAACUGGGUCGAUCCAAAGGGACGCGAUCGCUUCGGUCAAGCCACCCGCUACCUCGACGCACUUCCCGUCGGUGCCCCUGUCACCGUUUCGGUCAAGCCAUCCGUGAUGAAGCUCCCACCCAAGACCACGCAGCCCAUCAUCAUGGCUGGUCUUGGAACUGGUCUCGCGCCUUUCCGCGCCUUCGUUCAGGAACGUGCUUGGCAGCGCGACCAGGGCAUGCCCAUUGGCGACGUCUUCCUCUACAUGGGAGCCCGUCACCAGCGCGAGGAGUACUUGUACGGUGAAGAGUGGGAAGCAUACCAAGAUGCCGGUGUCAUCACUCUUCUUGGACGUGCUUUCAGCAGAGACCAGCCUCAGAAGAUUUACAUUCAAGACCGCAUGCGCCAGACCAUUGACGACAUUCGCCGUGCAUACCUGCGGGAAGAUGGUGCUUUCUACCUGUGUGGUCCUACCUGGCCCGUGCCAGAUGUCACAGCGGUGCUUGAGGAGGCAGUUGAGACUGAAGGACGAGCUGAGGGCAAGAAGAAGGAUGGUCCCAAGGAGAUUGAGAGGCUCAAGGAUGAGCUGCGCUAUGUUCUGGAAGUGUACUAG